AUGGGAAAGGUACACCUGCUCAACAGCACCAAAGAGAAGACCACCGAAUAUAGCCUAGUACGGGUCAAAAGUGCAUGGACUUGUAAAGAAAAGCACAGCCAAGUGGGAUCAGCUGCCUGUGUGUCUCCAGCCAAGAUUUAUGAAAUCCUCUCAGAAAAGAGCACCAGUUGGACUGUGGUGACCCCCAUUAUCUUCAGCUACAAGGUUACAGAGACACAUGGCCUCCUGGACCCCUGCAACAGCACCCUUCUAACAGGCCACACCCACGAGCCGCAGACAGCCGACACCUUAAGAAUACCCGCCAAGCCAAUCAAGCGUUUCGUGGUGGUCGACCAGGAAGUGUACCGCAUCUACGGCACCCAGAUCACUAACUAUUUCGAGGUUAACAAUGUGACUUGUAAGAUUUUAGCUCUGCCAACCACCGAGGAGAACAAGUCAAUGGAGAUGGCACUGAAGAUCCUCGAAGAACUAAAUAGUUUCUCAAUAGACAGGAGAACAGAGCCGGUGAUCGCGAUAGGAGGAGGGGUGUGCUUAGAUAUUGUGGGCCUGGCUGCCUCUCUGUACCGCAGACGUACCCCUUACAUCAGAGUGCCCACCACACUCCUCUCUUACAUUGAUGCCAGUGUGGGGGCCAAGACUGGGGUCAAUUUUGCUAACUGCAAGAACAAGCUUGGCACCUACAUCCCACCAGUCGCAACCUACCUAGACCUGUCCUUCAUAAAGACCAUCCCGCGCAGGCAUAUCUCCAAUGGGCUGGCCGAAAUGUUAAAGAUGGCCUUGAUGAAGCGCAAGGAGCUGUUUGAACUACUGGAGAAACAUGGGCAACAUCUCCUGGAUUCAAAAUUUCAGUCAGACAGCAAUGUUUUCGGUGCAAGCGGCCAGAGUGCAUCACGCUCCACGCGCCUGGCCAUCGUCACCAUGCUGGAGGAGCUGGCCCCCAACCUGUGGGAGGACGACCUCAACAGACUGGUGGACUUUGGUCACCUCAUCAGUCCAGCACUUGAAAUGAAGGUGCUCCCAUCCUUACUGCACGGAGAGGCGGUGAACAUUGACAUGGCUUACAUGGUGUACGUUUCCCGGGAGAGAGGGCUGCUGACCGAGGAGGAGAAGAACAGGAUCAUCAGCUGCAUGGUGUGUCUGGAGCUGCCUGUGUGGCACCAGGUCUGUACCAUGGAGCUGAUCCAGAGCUCACUGCAGGACCGCCUCAAGCACUCGGGUGGGCUGGUGAGGAUGCCCCUGCCUGUUGGACUAGGACAAGCAGAGAUCUUUAACAACACAUCUUAUGAAGUCUUGACCAGUGCUUAUGAAAAAUGGUGCAGUGAACAUUCCUGCUGA